AUGGCAUACAUUUCGGACAGACGCUGUAGAACGUGCUGCUUCGCCUAUAAUUUCGAUAGGGAAAAUAGCUUUGUAUCUUUUGACAGCAGUGAAGAGACUUCAUCGGAUUGUUGGUCGGAGGAGGUAGAAUCAGACAUGUAUCAGAAUGGAUAUAGGAAUAACAGCAGCAUUUAUGCGCCUAUGGAGCAGAAAACAUACAAGUACAAUGGGAACAGUUUCCAGAAAUUUUACGAUGAACGCACCGACUAUUUGUCCAACAAAUUUAAUAAUCUCUCAUUAGCUAAUGAUAUGAGUAAAAAUUAUAGUGCGUGUCCCGUCCAUUCGAAAACGAACAGGAAACCAAUGAACAAGUACACUUUGGAGGAGUCUUAUUGGGCCAUGUGGAAGCCCAAAAAUAAAACAGAAAGUAAUACCAGUUAUCAGCAGCCAUCUAUGGCAAAAGUGGAAAGCAUCAGCAAACCCAACGGAUCCAUGCUUAAUACAGUCAACAUAGGCAACGUACCUAUGCUUAGCAAUGUAAAUAUGGGUAACGUAUCCAUGAUUAGCAAUGUAAAUAUGGCGAACAUGCUAAGCAAUGUGAACAUGGGCAAAUACGUCCAGUGCAAGAAUUGUUUCAAAUACAUAGAAAGAGAUAAUAACAAAAAUUAUUCAACGAAGUGUUUAUGCUGCGCGCAUAAAGAAUUUUACGAGACCGAUACUGAUUCCGCAGCUUAUAGGAGGAAUGGGACCAUUCAAGAGGAUGACGAGGAGGAGACGGAAACACAGGGAUACAGUGGUGAGACUACCGGUUUUAUGACCAGCGAAGAUUAUUUGACAACAACGGAAACACAGGAUUACUCCGCCAGGAAUCAAUCUGAUCAAUCUAACAAGAAUAAGAGGAAAAGCUCUGCGGCCAGUUCACGACAUGCCAGCAGGCAGCAAUCGAAGACGGAAACGCUUUUGGAACCCAAAGCUAUAGAAACUCAGUCCGGCAUUAUUAGUCCGGUAGUUGUGAACCAAAGUGAAGUAGAGGAAGGUGCAUACACUUGGGAGCAACCGGAAUUAGAUAAGGACCAAAAUGACUAUCAGCAAGGCGACUCGAGGAAUCUUGUAACUUCUAAUAAGCCUUAUUACGAUAAUUAUCAGAAUCAAAGUCAUGAAGGCAAUUAUAGUUAUAAUACUGACAAUUACCAUAAUAAUCAAUCGUCAGAGAGUGGCGAGUACGCAAGUACCACAAAUGCCAAUUACAAUUACAACGUUUAUAAUGAUAAUCCAAAUCCUAGUGAUACGAAUGCCUCAAAUACAAUGAAUACAAAUAUCACAAACACAGCUACAGCUGUACCAACAUACAACUCAUCUAGUUACUAUGAUACCCUGAAUACUCUAAAUACUAAUAAUAAUAAUGAAAAUAUGACAACCAAUGCUCCUACCAAUUACAGUACUUCUAAGAAUCACAAUACAACGGCCACGAAUAAUUUACAAAGUAAUGCGAAUCAAAAUAGUAGCGUACCACCUAAUACUCCAAAUUACGCAUAUAAUCCAAAUGUCUUCAAGUUUAGUGCUCCGAGUGCUCUUGAUGCGGAAGUGCUGAAGGAGAGUGAGAUUAAAACAAUAAAUUAUGAACAAAAGGUAGAUCCUGCGAAAGAAAUGAUCACUUUGAAGCAUACAAACUCUUAUAUCAUGAAGCAGAAAGCGGAACAGGCGAAAUUUGCUCAGAGCAAUACAGUGAAUGCAGCAUCCAAGUUGUCAAGCGGUAAUCGCAUUGCAAUAAGACCUCACAGUUAUCCAUUGAAACCCAUCCUGAAAAAAGACAAAAAGCUCGUGCCCGUUGUGAGGACGACAACCGCAUCGAAAAAUUUCGGAAUCAAGUAUAAAAAAUGAAUUUCCAUGGUAUAUUUGUAUUCUUUUUUGUGUUUUUGUUUCGGGGUACAAUAAAAUCACAC